GCCUUGACCAAGACCUUUUCUUCACUUCUUCUUUGUUUGGUUCAAGGCCCGUGAUUAUCUUGUCUGCAUCGGCUUCUGAUUCGGUACCUGCGAGUACACACACACAACAAGACACAUCCCACCACCCACCGACCUUACCAAACCGACCGACCGGAUCGAUCGAUCACCACCACCCCUUACAAUCUGUCCUGUCUGCGGCAGAGCACAAAAAAUGUCUGGCCUCGACGCUCCUGAAGUUGCCGCCGCCUACGAUGCCGUGCGAUCGGACAAGGAUGAGACCAACUGGCUCCUCAUCUCGUACGCAUCAGCCGUCGGCAACAAGCUGAGCCUCACAAAGACGGGCACAGGCGGUCUGUCGGAGCUGGUGAAGGAGCUGGACGACGGUCAAGUCCAGUACGGCUACGUGCGCGUCGAGUACGCCAACGACAAGGAGAGCACGCGCGUCAAGUUCGUGCUCGUGGUCUGGAUUGGCGAGAGCACAAAGGUGAUGCGCAAGGCUAGGGUCAGCAUCGAGAGCGGCGACGUCAAGCGCCAGCUCGCUCACCACAGCAUCGCCGUCACCACGGGGGACCGAGGAGAGCUGGACGAGAGGGACAUUGUGACGCGGCUGAGGAAGGCUGGCGGUGCUGAUUACAACGGAGGACGGGGCUGAUACCGACGGUGAACGGGCAACGGCUAGUAUCAGCCUCCCGGGGGAGAGUUAGAAACAGGCAUCGGAUCACACUACCGAUCACGUGCCGGUAAUUGUCUGCUGGAAUACCGGUUCAGGCUCAAGAGCACGCGACUAUAGGAAGGGGGGGAUGAUGGUGUUUAGAUAAGGAGAAGAGCAAAGCCAGAGAGAGGCCCCCGUCAUGUCUGGGAACUGUUCCAGGACGUACACACACACACACACACACACACACACAACAGCAAUCAUCGACUAUCACGAACGCAGCCACACGGAGUUCCAGCCGGCAGUCCCAGACUUGAUCCAUUCGAGCGCUAACCCAGAUACUGGUAAUUCCCAUCAAGACAU